AUGUCUACACCACUAGACCAGCAGCAACAGCAACAGCCACCACCCAUGGAAGUUACCCAGCAAGCCUACACAGCCCACACAGGUCACGGGUCGGUUGGACCGGUGAUAGCUGUUCUAGCAGUAAUCACCAUCCUAGGAGUCAUCGCCGGCAUGAUUGGUCGCCUCUGUUCGGGACGUCGUACCAUGGGGCAUGGGCAAUAUGAUUUUGAGGGUUGGGUAGAGAGAAAAUGCUCUUCUUGCUUGGAUGGGCGGAUUGAGCCACCAUCAGCCCGACCCGCAGAGAUUCCAGUAGCAGAGCCAGUGGAAGGAGAAGGACCACAAGAGAUGAAGGAAGAAGAGGAUGAACAAAAAAGACAUAAAUCACAAGCAAGUACAAGUGAUUCUUGA